CACAUACCAAAAACCUUACACGUACUACUACGACUAUAUAACUAUAUAAAUAGCCAGUAAUUGUCUGCACUAUAUUUACAUAACUCACAGUGUUAUAUUAUAGCUCAUAAACCUAUACUACACCUUUCCAUCCUCUAAGAAAACAAAUUAGCCAUGUCUUCACUAUCAUCCUAUUCAAUCCUACAUGACCUCGAAGAUCAAUUACCAUCCAAUUAUGAAAAGAUACGAGAAGAUCUUCCACUUAAAGAGAUCCCCGGUGGUUAUGGCUUGCCGUUUAUCGGUGCCGUUAAAGACCGAUGGGACUUUUACUACAACCAAGGUCGGGAUGGAUUCUUUCAAGCCCGAAUGACGCAGUACAAAUCUACAGUCUUCAGAGCCAACAUGCCUCCAGGCCCCUUCAUGGCCAAAAAUCCUAAGGUCGUUGUUCUCCUCGACGCUGCCAGUUUCCCCAUCCUUUUCGACAUGACCAAAGUCGAGAAAAAGAACGUCUUUGAUGGCACUUAUAUGCCUUCUACUGGCUUUACCGGUGGUUACAGAGUACUCUCCUUCCUCGACCCUUCUGAGCCCAAACACAAAGCUCUAAAAGGCUACUUCCUCUCUGUCCUUACUUCCAAACACGACAACUUUAUCCCUGUCUUGCGAAAGUCCCUAACCGAGCUUUUCAAUACCCUUGACUCCGCACUGUCAUCUAAGAAAGAAGUGAACUUCAACCCCAUAAGCGACACCUACUCUUUCGAGUACGUCUUCAACCUCUUCUGUGGUAAAAGCCCUAAGGACACCGUCCUAGGGUCCCAGGGCAACACCACUGUCGACACAUGGCUUGUCCCACAAGUAGCUCCACUCAUAACCCUAGGUGUACCGAAGUUCCUACGACUGGUGGAAGACCUUCUCAUUCACACUUUCCCGAUACCAGCUCUCCUUGUGAAAUCAAAGUAUACUAAAAUAUACCAAGCUUUCUCCUCCUCGGCAACCGCAGUGCUGGACCAAGCCAAGACAUUUGGGCUCGAGAAAGAAGAGGCUUGCCAUAACCUCAUUUUCCUGACCUGCUUUAACACCUACGGAGGCAUGAAGGUCCUCUUCCCAAGCUUGUUCAAGUGGAUCGGUCAAGCCGGGCCUACUCUGCAUGCCCAGCUGGUUCACGAAAUCAGAAGCAUAGUGAAGCAAGAAGGUGGGGUCACUUUUGCUGCGAUAGAGAAGAUGGCACUGACCAAGUCAGUGGUGUACGAGGUGUUGAGGAUCGAGCCUCCGGUUCCAUUCCAGUACGGUCACGCUAAGGAAGAUCUCGUGAUUCAAAGCCACGACGCAUCGUUUAAGGUGAAGAAGGGAGAGAUGAUCUUCGGGUAUCAGCCGUUUGCCACGAAAGACCCCAAAGUGUUCGAUAAUCCUGAGAAGUUUGUGGCAUAUAGGUUUAUGGGGAAAGCCGAAGAGAAUCUAAAAUACGUGUUUUGGUCUAACGGAAGAGAGACUGAGGAUCCGUCGGUGGAUAAUAAGCAGUGUCCGGGGAGAGAUCUGGUGGUGCUGAUGGCCAGGGUAUUGUUGGUAGAGUUCUUUCUUAGAUAUGACACAUUUACGUGCGUGGAUGAGCCUUUCUUGGUGGGUACAAGGGUUAUUUUCAAGUCAUUAACCAAGGCCUCCAAGUUCUAUCAGCUUAAAUCAUUCGAUUGAUUUCAACCAUCAUCGGACGGUUAUUUCAAGUGAAAGUAAUCAAUAAUAAUGGUUAUAUCAUAUGAGGAUAAGAUACUACUUUGUGCUUUUGUAUUUUGUGCGUGUUUGUUUGCUUUUCAUGUACUGAAUAAAUAUAAUUAGCGUCAGCCUAGCUAAACGAAUAUGUUAUUCAGGGAAUAAGAUAAUAUUUUACCUAGGGCUGUUCGCCGUUUAGUUUUUGUAAUACUUUCUUUAAUAGUUUUGGGUGUCUUUUUUA